ACCCAGGAAGUGACAUCAUGAUGGAGGGAAACCAAAAGCACAAACGUCAAGUCUGGAGACCGUUAGAGCUCGUCGAAGUGUCCGCUGUCCGGCGCUCUCAGCGCGGUCACGCCCCGGCGGCUCGCCCGCCCGCGCUCACUUCAAAAGCUUCCUUUUACUCAGAGCGGCGUGACGUCAUGAAGCGCGAGCCGGCGCUCUCGAGCAGAUGAGAUGAGGGAGCGCAACAGGCGAGCGCACAUCGCGAGCUCACAACUACAAUGACAACUUCCUGAUGUAUUAACAAAAAGUUUAUUUUUAUUUUUAAAACUUUUGUUUUAAGUCAGCAUUGGGUCUCUUCUGUAUUCUGUGUGUGGUGCUAUGACUGACGACGAGAUGAUUUCAUCACAACUCACUAGAGAUUUUCUGAGGUGGAAAUCUGUAGUUUGGACCCUGUGUAACCUGCUGAUUCUGUGUGACUGCUACAAUCUGGAUGUGGAGCAUCCUUUAGUUUUUAAUGGAACCAAUGGAUCAUUAUUCGGAUACUCGGUUCUGCUUCACCAGCAUGCUGAGAACACAUGGCUGAUAGUUGGAGCGCCUGUGGCUGAUUCCAGCUUUUAUCCUCAUACCAAAAAUCCUGGAGCCAUCUACAACUGCAGUGUGUUGACCUCCCAAUGUGAGCAGCUCCAUGUUGGAGAUGUACAGCGCUGUGGAAAACACUGUUUGGCAGAGAAUGAUAACCAGUGGCUGGGUGUAAGUCUGUCCCGGCAGCCCUCAAAAGGCCAUGUUUUGGCAUGUGGACAUCGGUGGAAGAAUAUCUACUACUCUAGUAAAGACAAUCAGAACAAGCUUCCGCAUGGUAUUUGCUUCAGAUUCAGCCCAGACUUGAAACACGUCACUCGUAUUAUCCCCUGCUAUAAAGACCAUCAAAGGAAGUUUGGUGAAGGUUAUGGAUCAUGCCAAGCAGGAAUAUCAAACUUAUUCACAGAGGACCUGAUGGUCAUGGGAGCUCCUGGUACCUCAUACUGGACAGGAUCCGUUCUUGUCACCAACACCACAAGCAACAUAUCAGCUGCUUAUGUGGAUGAUGACAGUGCAGUUCUCUAUGGAAGUUAUUUAGGUUAUGCUGUUGGUGCCGGACACUUUCUAGAUCCUCAAAGUACUGAGAUAGUGGGUGGUGCUCCCCAGCAUGAACAGACUGGUAAAGCCUACAUAUUCAGGAUUGAGGGCAACACUUUAAAAAUUGUUAAUGUAACCAAGGGCAAGAAGCUCGGCUCUUAUUAUGGAGCUAGUGUAUGUGCUGUCGACCUGAAUGCAGACGGACUGUCCGAUCUGUUGGUGGGGGCUCCUAUGUUCAGCUCAGUGAGGGAGGAGGGACGUGUGCAUGUCUACAUAAACCAGGGAGAGGCUAAAUUGAGAGAGGCAGACUUUGAGUUAGUCGGCAGCGACUCUUAUGCAGCACGAUUUGGAGAAACCAUCAUAAACCUUGGUGAUAUUGACGAUGAUGGAUAUCCAGAUGUGGCCAUUGGAGCCCCUCAGGAGGACGAUCUGCAUGGUGCUAUAUAUAUCUACAAUGGGAGGAAAAGUGGUAUUGCACAAAGUUUCUCUCAAAGAAUAACAGGCUCUUUGUUGGGCUACAACCUCAGGAUGUUUGGCCAAUCAGUGUCUGGAGGAGUUGAUAUUGAUGGCAAUAAUUACCCAGAUGUUGCUGUGGGAGCUUUCCUGUCAGACUCAGCUGUGGUGUUCAGGACGCGUCCAGUGGUGAAAGUGGAUGCUGUCAUGUUGAUGCCUGACAGCUUGAACCGUUCCAUAGCCCAGUGUACUGACAACGGUCUUCCUGCCGUGUGCAUCAAUGUUAACGUGUGCUUUAGAGUCAGAGGGAAACAAAUCCCAGGAAACAUAGAACUGAAGUACAACCUAACAGCUGACGUUCACCACAAAGAGGGCUUUCCAUCUCGAUUUUAUUUCAGCGGAAACGGAACAUCAAAUGUCACGGUGGGCCGAGUGAAGGCCAAGCAUGAGCAGCUCACCUGCACUUCCCAUCAGGCCUUCAUGAAGAAAGAUGUCCGUGAUAUCUUCACACCCAUCCAUUUUGAGGUGAAAUAUGAACUUGGAGAGCACCGUUUGACACAGAGGGACUCGGGGGAUUUGCCUUCCCUCAAACCCAUUCUACAGCAGAAGGAUGAACUGGCCAAUGUCGUGAAAAACAAGACCAUCUUUGCCAGAUAUUGCGGCUUGGAAAACUGUUCAACCAACCUUCAGGUUUCUGCUCAUCUGGUUUUACCCCAAUCCUACAUGAAAAUGCCAUAUUUAGCUCUGGGUAAUGGAAAAAGCUUCAUGUUAAACACCACAAUAGUCAACAGUGGAGAUGAUGCUUUUCUACCCAGACUUCAUCUGAGGUUUCCCAGCAACCUGCAUUUCAUCAAAGUACUAGAGGAAGAUAAAUACAUCAGCUGUGGAAUUGCAGAGGAGAAUAAAGUGGCCGUUGGACUGGACUGCAAUGUUGGAAAUUUAUACAUCCCUCCUUUCUCAAAGCUCAACAUCACAUUUUUACUGGAUGUGAUGCAGAACAGCAGCGCUGGAGAUCUUAGUAUUAACAUCAAUGCUACGAGUGAAAGCUUUGAGAACACAGACCUUCGGCAAGACAACGUGGCUGUUCUUACGUUGCCCUUGAGAUAUGCAGUUGACCUCAAUGUUCACGGAUUUGUCUCUCCGACUUCAUUUCUGAUCGGAGAACAAGAGUCUGUGCCGGUUGACUGCUAUCCUGAGAAGUUCAAUUAUACAUACAAGGUGAUGAAUAUGGGUCCUAGUAAAGCUCUUGAUGCGAGAGUAAAGAUCGGCUUGCCUCUGAUGCUGGUGCCAUACACAUACCAGUUAAUCAGGAUUACGGAUUUACAGACAACUCUUGGGCAUUGCUUCCAGAAGAACAAUACAGUUCAGGUUAUUGAUGAUUGCGACGUCCCGGAAGCUUCCUUUAUUCAGGAACUUGUAUUCUUUUUCUCCCCAAAAAGCAAGCGCAUAAUGUUCUGUGCUCAUGAAGAUAAGACCUGUAGGAUGGUGGAGUGUCACUUCGGUGACUUGGAGGUUGGAAAAGAAGUUACCAUCAAUAUGGAGGUGGAGCUCAACCCCAGGGUUCUCCAGAUGAGUCCAGGCAGACACUCUGUCAUGAUGGUACGAGGCAUGAUUGACCUUAUUUCACCAGUAAAGGAUGCAAACACCAUCCUACUAAAGGAUGACAUUUCUGCUAGAGUAUUCUUGGAGGCUCUGUACAGCCUUAAGCCUGUGGCGGCUGCGAAAAUAUUUCUAAUAGUAUCCAGUCUGAUUGUUGGUCUGAUCAUUUUAGCACUGCUUGUCAUCACCCUCUGGAAGCUUGGAUUCUUUGAGCGGAAGUUGAAAGAUGAGAGGUUUAGACGGGACAGUUGGGACUAUGUACCGAAGAAAGAGAGCACGUCAUAACAUGGGAUUUGCACCACAUACAAAACCAGUCAGAAUGGAAGGGACAAAUCAUGACGACACCAAGAGCUGGACUCAUGAUAACCUACGGCCAUUAACCGUAAUGGCUGAAAACAUUCAUCACAAAGCGAUGAAGACUGUUCAAAAGAGACUGUCUAAGACUGUCAAAAGAAUCUGCAUUUUCUGUCGGCAGGAUGGAGCCAAUGCACUUUAGAGAAUGGAACAUACUAAUGUGCUCACGGACACGCUCCGGCGCUGUCGUGCCAAGGGAGAAAAGGACUUCAGAAUGUACUGUCGCUAUAGAACAUUACGGCUCUGUUCCAAAACCUAGUGAGCAACCUAUGUAGGCAGCAUUUUUUAAAGUGUGAAGGUUGUUCCAAAAGGUAAGAAGCACAAAGACACGUCCUUCUGUCUAAAUUCUAAGGCAG